AAUAACCAACGAAUUUCCGCAGCCAAAACCCACCACAACGUUUGUUCAAAUCAACCUACAUUACACGACAACCUUUUCCAUGUUUCCUUCUCGAUAAGCUUUCUCAAAAACCUGAAAGCGAAAUCACAUUCAAUUAAACAUGUUUAGUGUGAACCCUUUUGAAAAAAGUUUGUAAAUUUGUGAAAAAAAUUGAGGUUGCGGCGAAUCGAAGGAUGAGUGGCGGCGAGGAUGAAGAAAAAAGGUUGAAAUUGAAGCGAAAUUCUUCUCGGUUCAGCAAUUUUCAACGCGAUCUUAUGGCUGGUGCGUUGAUGGGUGGUGCGGUUCAUACGCUUGUUGCGCCGAUUGAGAGGGCUAAAUUGUUGUUGCAGACACAAGAGAGUAACUUGGCUAUUGUUGCUAGUGGAAGGAGAAAAUUCAAGGGGAUGUUUGAUUGUAUAAUUCGGACCGUUAAGGAGGAAGGUAUUGUCUCUUUGUGGCGUGGUAAUGGGAGUAGUGUUCUUCGCUAUUAUCCUUCUGUUGCACUCAAUUUCUCGCUAAAGGAUCUUUACAAAAGCAUAUUAAGGGGUGGGAACUCUAAUGCCGAUAAUUUUUUCUCUGGUGCAUCCGCUAAUUUUGUUGCCGGAUCUGCAGCAGGUUGUACAUCACUUAUCUUGGUAUACCCCCUUGAUAUCGCACACACACGCCUUGCCGCUGACAUUGGGAGGACGGAAGCGCGCCAAUUCCGAGGCAUUUACCAUUUCUUAGCCACAAUAUUCCAAAAAGACGGGGUUCGGGGGAUUUACAGGGGCCUUCCUGCAUCACUACAUGGUAUGGUGGUUCAUAGAGGUCUUUACUUCGGAGGGUUCGAUACCAUAAAAGAGAAGUUGUCUGAAGAAUCUAAACCCGAGUUGGUGCUGUGGAAACGUUGGAUGGUAGCUCAAGCAGUUACAACCUCAGCCGGUCUAAUAUCAUACCCGCUAGACACAGUUCGUAGGAGGAUGAUGAUGCAGUCUGGCAUGGAACACCCGGUGUACACUAGCACCCUCGACUGCUGGAGGAAAAUCUAUCGAACUGAGGGAUUGGUUUCAUUCUACCGUGGCACGGUUUCGAAUGUGUUUAGGAGCACUGGAGCUGCAGCUAUCUUAGUCUUGUAUGAUGAGGUCAAGAAAUUUAUGAAUUGGGGAGGAUUGUGACAGAAGCACCAACCCUACAUAUUUAACUGAGUUCAUUUUGAUACCUGAUAUACAUACAUUUUGAGUGAGGAUUAGGGUAAUUUUGUAAAGUACAAGUGAGCUCCAUUAUAGUUCAUUUGAAAAUGCAUCUUGAAUGGAAUUUCAAUAGUCAGCAAUCUAAAAAGGUUAAUUAAGCAAAAAUUGUCAAAGCCAAAAGAUUAGAUUAGAAGCCAAUAAUUAAUGAUGGUGUAAUAAGAUUAUGCUUGGAAUAUAAAAAUUUGACAAACUCUCAUCAUUCUCCUUUUUGUAUUUUAUAUAUACUUACUUUUUUUAUUCUUAAGAAAAGAGACUAACGGCACU